AUGCGCGUUCAAGCAUCAACCUUCGCGGCCGCGGUGCUUCCUGCACUGGUCGCGGCAGUCACGCCCCCUAACUUGGAUGGCUUGAGUAUCAUUUGGUCGGACAGCUUUGCUGGCACAGCUGGUGACGCUGUGGACACAUCCAAGUGGGAUAUCGCUCAAGCUAUCGACACCAACGAGGAGCUUCAAAGUUACACCGACGCAAGCUCUAACUUGCAAAUCUCCGGCGGCGGCACAGUGCAAUUUGUCCCUGUCAAGUCUGCCACGGGACACUGGACGUCUGGACGCAUCGAGUCCAAGGCAACGUGGACGCCACAGGCUGGCAAGAUCAUGCAAGUUGAGGCUUCAGCACGGCUCGGCGACGCAGCAGCAGCCCAAGCGCAGGGGAUGUGGCCAGCGAUCUGGAUGAUGGGAGACAGCAUUCACCACGGAACGCAGUGGCCGGCCUGCGGUGAGAUCGACAUCUUCGAGAUGGUGAACAAGGCCGGCACGGCCUACAGCACCUUGCACUGCAGUGCCUCAGCAUGCCGUCCCAAUGGAGCCGAGGGUCUUCAGGGCAGCACGGCUACCGAUGACGACUGGCACUCGUAUGCUGUCAAGAUCGACAGGACAAGCAACGACUGGACCACCGAGUCGAUUUCAUUCAUGAAAGAUGGCGUGUCGUAUUUCACCGUGACUGGCGCGACCAUCGGCGACGAAUCUGUCUGGGGCGCCCUGGCUCACUCACCAUUGUAUCUGAUCAUGAAUGUCGCAGUAGGCGGUACGUGGCCAGGUGACCCCAACGCAGACACUCUGGCCGGUUACGGCAACAUGCUCGAGGUCGAGUACGCUGCGGUCUAUUCCAGCUAG